UCAUUCGAUUUCUAUACGCAGACUCUCCGAAGGUAGCAGAAGACUUCGGUGGCGUAAUUCAGAGGGUCUGUCGUAGCUCCGUGGACGAGGCGAAGGGAAAAUUGAUAUUUUUCGAAAAUGAAGAUACCGCAGGUUGUGCCGAGAAACGUGUUCGAGGUCUACAAAUGCUCCUACGAGACGACGCGGCUGUCGAGCGAGCUGGAGCGUACCCUUCGCUCGGAGGAUACUCUCUGGGACGAGAAUAGGAUUCCAAGCCUGAGGAGGCUCGCUCUUCUCGCCAUAGCCGUCACGUGGAAGGAUAAUCCGAUCCUGGACGAGCUACCGACCUGCGAGGACAGGAACGAGCUUCUCGAACUGCUACCAGUCGACCUACCUCUAGAAUUAGCCAUCACGAAGAUCGAGGAUGAGCACUACUGGGAACGAUGCUCGAGGGACAAGUGGGAGACCAACGAGCUGGCCGAGCACGGGAAUUCAUGGCGACAGCGUUACUGCGAGGGUAUAUUCUGCGAGUAUCUCGAGAGCCUCGAGCCAAGUUUCUACGAGACGCAGAGGGAGGAGUGCGAGAGAACGAUCAGCCUCGUAGGAAGUUACGUGCACAAGAUAAGGAUCCGUUCCCUCCGACCGACCAGGCGAGUCUCCGCGGACGAGGGGGAUCCUUGUCACGCGGAGGAGGACAUAGUCCAGCACAUUCCCAUGGCCGAGAUCCUGCCCCAGCUGGCCAAUCUCACCGAGGUCCGCAUCAACUUCGGCGUGAUUUACAUGAACGACGGAUUCGAGUGGCGUGACUUCCAGUUCUCCGUCGAGGAUUGCCAGGGUCUCGGCCGAGGAUUGCAGCCUUGCUCGAAGCUGAACAAAUUCAGCAUCUCCAGGAGCAAUUUGGAUCAGCCGCGUGCCGCUGGUUUACUUCAAGGACUGGUGGAGAACCAGAAUAUCACGGAGAUCGACUUUUCCCACUGCAAACUGGGGGACAAGGGAGCGUUUGCCGUCGGCGAGUUUCUCUCGGCGCACAACACGAAGGUGAUACAGUUGGUGAACAACAACAUAGGGCCGAAAGGAAUGGCGGGUCUGAUACACGGAAUACUGAAGGGAACACCGGUGCUCGAGCAUCUGAACUUGAGACUGAACCCUCUGCUGGACAAGGGUGCUAUUCAUCUGUGCGCGUACUUGCUGCGAACCGACAGGCUGGAGAUACUGAACGUGAGUAGCUGUGGGGUAGGACCUGCCGGAGGCGCGGCUUUCGUCGAAGCAUUGAGCUCCGGUUGCGACUUAAAAACCCUCCGCCUAGACCUGUCGAAUAACGAUUUAGGCCAGGAAGUGGGCGAGAUAUUCUCGGAUGCACUCAGAAGCAUUCCGUUCAUUGUUCGGCUCGACGCUCGGAUGUGCAAUUUCUCCGCGCAAUCGGAAUACUCUAUUUACGAGAGCGUGCUCAGAAACAAGGCGAUGGUCAAGGCGAGAACACGGAGGACUUCGUUGACCGAACGGCUGUCCGACUGACCCAUCGAGUCCACCGGAUCAUUGUUACUGGGAAAUUAAACGAAGAUCAGCUUCGCCGGAAAUUACGCGGCCGAUGCGCGAGAAAUAGCUCUGUUCGCCGUUGGAAUAAACGAAAACGUGAACAAAAAAUCUCGCUGUUUUUUUAAACGACUCGACAAAGAUGGUGGCAUGGUUGACGGAAAAUAGAGGGGAAAAAAGAGA